CAGCGCCUGGUGUGCAUGAACAUGCCUCUGAACAGCGAUGGCACCGUCACCUUCAACGCCACUCUCUUCGCUCUGGUGCGGACUGCCCUCAAGAUCAAGACGAAAGGUAACUUUGAGCAGGCCAAUGAAGAGCUGAGGGCCAUUAUCAAGAAGAUCUGGAAGAGAACUAGCAUGAAACUCCUGGACCAGGUCAUUCCACCAAUUGGAGAGGAUGAGGUGACUGUGGGCAAGUUCUACGCGACCUUCCUCAUCCAGGAGCACUUUAGGAAAUUCAUGAAGCGCCAGGAGGAGUAUUAUGGGUAUCGGCCUAAAAAGAACGCCAUUGCUAUCCAGGCCGGUCUGACAAGCAUUGAAGAGGAAGCUGCGCCCGAGAUACACCGAGCGAUCUCUGGGGACCUGACUGCCGAGGAGGAGCUGGAGAGGGCCAUGAUGGAGGCAGCGAUUGAGGAAGGGAUAUACAGGAGGACGGGUGGCUUGUUCGGUCAUGUUGACUCCUUCAUGGAGCGGAACAGCCCCCUGCAGCCCCACGUGACCAGCCAGAGACCCCUGCAGUUCACCGAAGUGGGGAGUGAAGACUUGGACUCCCCUGUCUUCCUCGAUGACUUCCCCCCAGACAGGAACACCAACACCAACAACAGCAACACAGCCACACGGUAAUGCUCGGCGGUCGGAGACAGCCCCCCAGGGCGUGUGGCGGCGGGGGCCACAAGGCAAUGUGCUGUCUGUAUAAACGGCGCAGUCUCCAUAAAAGAGGAACCUGACUGCGUGGCUGCUGUGACUUGGGGAGCAGGGGGAAGCGCGGCGCUCGGGGACUGUGAGCCC